AUGGCUAGUCGGCGCAUCAAAGACGGGCCAAUGGCCUGUCCCAAGUCAUCUAUCCAGCCCUAUACCAAUGAGCUUAAAAAACUCCGUGAUCAUUGUCUCGCUCUUCUGGGAGCCCAUGAAGAAGACACACCAGAUACCCUCUGGGACAAGGAUGAUCAAGACCCUGUCGACCCUGGAACAGACUAUGAUAUGUCCCUGCUCAAGCUCGCAACAGACGUCGUCAUCGAGAACGGCAAGCAUAUUUUCCCGCCCCCAUACACGCGCCUCAGUGACGAACUCGUCUAUUUCGCCACAAAAUUCCUCAAGUCAACCACUCGUGGAAGGAAUUACCCGUACGACUUCCAGCCCCGAGGCGAUAUCGAUCCGAAUCGCGUUCCCUCGGGUGUAGGUCCCAUCGUCUGGGCCCAUGGAUUGCCUUUCUUCCCGGUUUACAAAGGAUAUUACAUCCUCUGUGGAAGGAAGCACGCAGACUGGAUCGGAUGGAUUCUACACGGGAAGAACCAAGCCACUAUGAGGGAGUACCCUAUCUGGACCAUCGGCCCUGUCGUCGCUCCUGGAUCUGCGAUCGCGCUGGAUCGCACAGCGGAACGCCAGAUGCUCACUCACAAGUUGAAAAACGCAAAAGAGUGUGAGAAGAGCAUGGAGAAGUCUCCUGUGGCGCGUGAUGUCGUUUCUGAUAAGCACUUUGACGGGUCUGUUGUGCCGAGGGAUAGUAAGGGUGGUUUUAUGAUCACGCCUAUCUACCGGGUGCAAGGUUACUCACCCAAGGUUGGGCCCAAUGCACCAGAUGGUUCCCGGUCAAUGAUUAUGGGGAAGGCGUGGUUUACCAAGAAUCGAAUCGAUGAUUUUGAUUGGGAAGCGACCUCGAAGCUUCAUUACACCAAUGAACGGCACCCGAUGAUCUAUGGUGAUGACGAGGCUGUGGAGGACGACGAUGAAGUGGUUGAGGAUGGAGACGAGGAAGUAGAGAGUGACAAUGAGACCAAUGAGACAUGCUUCAUGGACGAGACUGAAGAUACCAAGACCAAGGCACAGGAAGAGGUCAACAUGGACGACGAAGUAGAAGGGGACACAGAGAUCAUCGAGCCUACCAUGGAUGAGAUCACCGAUCAGGUCGUGCAUGAGAAAAUUGCCCAAAUGAAGACUCUUGAUAUCGCCGAGCCCGAAGAAACUUCCCAAGUUGAAACACUCGCCCCUGAGUACCAGGAGGUCGCCGAGGAGGCCAUUGAGAAAAUGAACAGUCAAGAGACUGCCCCAAUUACCGAGAAGACUGAAGCCCAAGACACCAAUGUGACUCAAUCACACCCCGCUGAAAUGGAUGUUCACGCUCCUCUGACCUCCCAACUCAGUGAUGGCACUUCCAAUGACACAUCUCCAGGCCACGCAACCCAGAAUACCGAAAACGAGGGCAAAGACCAGGAGACAGAUCAUGAUACAUGUGUCCUAGUUGCUGAGGAUUAUGGCCGCACCAGCCCAGGACCCAACGAGACGAAAAUUCAAACAGAUGCAUAG